UGGAUCCUUAGAAGCACUCAAGCAGCAGCAGCCGUUGCAACUACUGAGCACGGUGGUGGUGCUCUUCAUUGUCAAGGAGGCCUACAGCCUGCCAGGACUACCACUGUUCAACAUCAUGCUGGGCGCUCUGUUUGGGCUCCCUGUUGGCUUGGCCGCUGCUGCAAUAGCCCGGUCAGUUGGCUCAUCCGUCUGCUAUAUGGGCGCCUACGCCCUGGGGCGAGGCCCUGUUGCUUACCUAUUCCCAGAGAGGCUCACCAAGCUGCAACAGAAGAUUGCAAAACACGAGAGCAACCUCUUCUAUUACUUGCUGUUCAUCAGGACCGUUCCACUGACCCCACAUUGGUUCUUGAACAUGGCAGCACCCAUCAUUGGCAUACCCUUCUGGCCGUUCUUCUUUUCUAUCCUAAUUGGAACCCUGCCUCUCAACUUUGUGAUGGUGGAGGCUGGGCAGAUGCUGCAGGAGAUCACAUCAUUGCACGAUGUGCUCACUCCCUGGACUGCUGUCAAGCUGGUCCUGCUCGCCUCUCUUGCUCUUCUCCCUGCCCUCCUUGCCCAAAGGAAGAGAGCAACCAAGUUGAGUUGAACAUUCAAACACAGGGCGCGUUGUGA